AUGAGGAACUUGAACAUUGACAGCGGACUCGUAAACGGCACUAAAGUGAUCGUGACGGCAAUAAGACCUCGUCUGAUCACAGUGCGACUCCCUGGACAACAUGAUCCGAUUUGUAUUCCCCGGAUUCAAUUCGUUUUCCCGUUCGUCGAGGGGUCACCGCUUCGUGUCCGCCGUCUUCAGUUUCCUCUCAUGCUGGCAUAUUCCAUGACUGGCCACAAAAGCCAGGGCCAGACGAUUGAUCGCGUCGGAGUCGAUCUUCGCAGUGACUGUUUCACUCAUGGUCAGUUGUACGUCCUGCUCAGUAGAGUCAGGCAUCCAGACCAUAUAGUCGUCCUUGUCCGUCCCGACCGUGUCCAAGGGGGAAUCGCAUACGCGAAAAAUAUCGUGUAUGACGAUCUCCUCCUAUAA